GAUACACACAGCAGUUCUUAAAAUCUGGAGCAGUUAAAUGCAUCACGUCAGAAGUUGAUUGGAUCGGAGGGUUUACCAAAAGGGGGAAACAGUGUCUGAACCGGCAUAAACAAGACAACCCGUUUAGGGUUCAAGGAUUGAAGUGACCGGAAUUUGAAGCAUAGAACUGGUGAUUCAUGUGUUACAGAUUUAUGAAAUAUUGUACUGGUUAGUGACAGUAGCAAUUGAAUAAUCAGCAAUGGCGAAAGCAGUGAUCGGAGAAGAAACGCGACUCAAAUUGGCGGAGGAUCGUCUCAGCCAAUCCGCACUUCCAUCUGAGGUGGGUCUUAUAAUUGGCAAGUUCAGCUCCGCUUUGGGCCGGGCCUUCCUCUUCGAUUUGGUUCCCACCCCACUCAACGAUUCCGGUGAACCCGCCUGUGCUCUCACCGAGCCUGACAAGAAGAAGGGUCCGAAGCCCAAAUCCAAAUCUGAGCCCGCCGAUUCCUCUUCCCUGUUCAUCGACAAGGACUGGGUCGCCGAACAUGCACGCCAGGUUUCUAGAAUGCUCGUCGGUGGCAUGAAUGUCGUGGGCCUAUACGUUUGGGUCAGCGAUGCCGCGUUCAAGAAUUCCACCAUAAUGCUUUGCCAGACAGUGAAGGGUGUUGCUGACGCAGCGCCGGUUUUGGAGGGUGAUUGGGAUGAGAGACUGCUUCUUCAUAUUUGUUAUAGUCCUAGAAGGUGGAGUUGUAGAAACUGUUCAUUGUCUUCGAAUAUUACAUCAAGUAGUUUGCGACCUUGUGAUUUUAAAAUGGGGAAGGUCUUAACUUCCCUACAGACGUACAAGUGCAUGUACAAUUUCAACAUCAGGUUACCCAUUUUACGUGACAGUGGAUCGAAGUUCCAGACAUUGAGUGAUAUUCUUCGUCAUGUGAUAUCUGUUCAUGCCAAAGAGCUUACAGGUGCAAAGGCCUUGAUUGACGGUAAAUUGGUUGUUGAGAGCGAGUCAUAUUCAUCUGAUGGUGUGCAUGAAGUCGAAUUGCUUAUACCAUUUCUGAACAAUAGAUCUAUUGAAGCAUGCAGCCAAGGGGAUGUUGUUGGUCUUCUUUCAUUUAGUGGCUUGAUAUGUUCUUUUGCAUAUCUAAAUUCAAAAGAGCCAAUAUCACAAGCCGUCACUGAUAUAAAGGGAGAUAUUAUCAAGAGUCUGCAAAGUAGAUUGGAUAUAAUCUGUGAUGAGGUAGACGCUGACUCUGGUAACAAUCAUGAUGAAGCAAGCAAUGAAAUAUCAGUUGAAAAGCCUGUUCCCCAACUAGUGUUACACACAUUGAGAAAAGGAUGUAGUCUUCCAUUUCCUAAAAGAGUCUUUGCACCUUGGUUAGCAGGGGUUUAUGUGUGUGAUUAUUUGCAACCUUCUGAGACUGUCGAGGUUUUUAAGGACCACUGCAUGGAGUUAUUAUCCAUGAAAGCUCCAAUGGAUGUCUCUACAAUUUUGGAGCCAGAAAAAGAAGUUCUAUCUUUCAAAACUAAAUCUUUCUUUGACCUGGCAGUGCCCUCCAAUUCAGAAAUUCAUGUCAUGGAAGGCAAGAGCAAAGUUGAUGGUGGAGGAGAGAGUUCAAAUAGUAAAAGUGUGAAGCCCGGUCACAUUAAUGUUGUCGUCGCCGGUCUUAUCCUUCUCUUAUCUGUGUUAGUUGGUUUUGUGCUAUUCUUUCUGAAAGGUUGAGGGUUUUAUUCUAGGAUUUUGUGUUACUUUACAAAAUUGCACAGUGGCUGACAACAAUUUACACUUGGAAAUCAUACAUCGGCAGAUUUGAAAAAUAAUUAUUUAUCGGCAUCUAAGUAAGGUCAAUAGGGGGGUUGUGACGCUCUUCAUAUGUUAUCAACUCAGAACUUGACUCAGUUCUAAGGGUUAUAAAAUUAUAAGUUGCAAGUUCUAUUAA